CGCUCGGAAUUACGUCCCUCAAACACAACAAGCGCACAUUGCCCGUGCCGUCGAGAUAAACGGGAUCCGAAGAGGCCACCGUUUUGUGGCGGAGAGCGAGCAAGUGUAGCUCUCUGUCCAUGCUCGGACUAACUUUCGAGUCCGAUUCAGCUCGUAGCCCGCCGCCUGAUUUAACAGGCUUCUAAUUUUAGAAGCCGAGCAGCUUGCCUUGCCAGGAGAGGUUGGGAACCGGCGAAAGGCGGUCGGGCGGUCCAGCGCGCGGUGGGCGAGCGGAACCUUUCCCGGCGGCUCCGCGGGGGAAUGUUGUUGAUGGAGCGCAACCCGGAAGUCUAGCGCUGACAGGAGCAGCGGCGAGCGGCUGAGCCGAGUUUGGUUUCCUCGGCUGCCGGCGUUGGUGGAGAAGGAGGAGGAAGAGGGUCCCGCCAACUCGCCUCUGUUCCUCAAACGGCCGUUUCGCUUGGUUGUUUUUUCCCCCUUCCAACCCAGACUUCUCCGCUGCCACAAUGUCCUCCGACUUCGAGGGCUACGAGCAGGACUUCUCGGUUCUCACCGCGGAGAUCACGAACCGCAUCGGGAAGGUGCCCAAGUUGCUCGGAGAUGAGAAGAAGCAAAUGGUUUCAAAUGUGGAGAAGCAGCUGGAAGAAGCAAGAGAGCUGCUGGAACAAAUGGAGCUUGAAGUUCGAGAAAUCCCUCCACAGAGCCGAGGCAUGUACAGCAGUAGAAUGAGGAGCUACAAGCAAGAAAUGGAAAAACUUGAAGCAGAUUUUAAAAGGUCACGGAUUGCCUACAGUGACGAGGUGCGGAAUGAGCUCCUAGGGGAUGAUGGGAAUUCCUCAGAGAUCCAGUUGAUAAAAUUACGUGAAGAGAGGGCGCAUCUGCUCGAUAACACAGAGAGGCUGGAAAGGUCAUCUCGGAGACUAGAGGCUGGAUACCAAAUAGCAGUGGAAACUGAACAGAUUGGCCAGGACAUAUUGGAAAACCUCAGCCAUGACAGAGAGAAGAUUCAGCGUGCUCGAGAAAGACUCAGAGAAACAGAUGCAAACCUGGGCAAGAGUUCAAGGAUCCUUACAGGAAUGUUACGAAGGUAAGGGCAAGGAUCAUUCAAAACCGGAUUUUGUUAGUUAUCUUGGGGAUCAUCGUCAUCUUUGCAGUCCUGAUGAUUAUUUUUUUCUCUGUCAGGAAACACUGAUAUCUUUGUUCUUCACUGACCAGCAACAAACUGCUUCAGAGUAAUUAAGACAAAGUGGUCACAUGAAUCAUUCUCUUGCACUGAAAUGGUUCUCCCUCUCAAAGCCUGCGGUUCAACUCUGGUGCAAGUAGCAUAAGCAUAUUUUGUCUUACUGGCUGCAUGUGCAUUUGAUAUUUUUCUUUGUUUUAGGGGGUAUGUCAUAGUAUGACUCUUCUGGUUUUCCCAUAUUAGCAUAUGCAAUGAACAUAUUGUUAUUAGUAUACAAGACCACAUGUGUUAGCAACUUAUUAAAUUCCAUGCCAGAUUUUUAAUGCUGACACUUGCAAGCAUUUAAACACUCGACUUGGCUUGAGUUGGUAUUAGAUCUAUGGCAAGAAAUUCCCUCUUAGGAUCUUGGAAUGGGAGCAAACAGAAUUUUUUAAAAAAACAUAGUGUGACAUACUCAGGCUUGAAUAACAAUCACAAAUGUAACCCAACAAAGCCAGAGGAGUCAUUGCUUCUAAUAAACAUAUUGUCCUUUUGACAGGAUGGCGUAAUGUCCACUGUGAACCUAGUAUUCAAAUGUGAUAGGUUUUCUUAUUUCUUUCAAAAUUUAUUUACAGACCAUGUAUAUAUGUACAUCUCCACCAAGUCCUGGAUUGUCAGAUAAAUUUAUUUUGCAGUGUUGUCCUAUAACUGUGUUGUUGUCAUGCUGAUAAUGUUGCUUUCCAAUAUUGUGCUUUUAAUGAAUGCAGAUUCCAAAGCAAGAAAAGACUGGCUAGCAGAUUCAUAGAGAUCCUUUCUGAGUCACUUCUCUGUUUUCUGGAUUUAGAUUCAACACAAUAAUGAGAUUUGAAAUCUGAAGUAUCAUGCAAGAAUAAAUAUGAUGAGAUUGUGUGCAAGUAAUAUUUUGAAUGAAUUCUGUAUGCAAUAAAUAUCUAGAACAAAUUGCAUACAUACUUCCAUUUCAUUUAAACAAAUUUGGUCUUAGCUGGAAUGCUGAAACAGUGGCAAGAAAGCAGCCAGUUGACCUUUUUCUGUAUGUCCAAGAGAAGAAGGAUGCACUUCAAUUUGAUGUUGUUUCAGCAGCUAUUGCUUGUGCUCUCUCUUCUCUGGCCCAGCUUACCACACAUUAAUAAUAAUAAUAGUAAUAGUAAUAUAUUUAGACACCAUGAAUCAAGUUCUUGUCAUCCCUCCUACCAUCUUCCUUUGUGCAGCAAAUAGAGGUUGAUGGCAUAGUAAACAGGUUAUAGAAAGUUCUACCCAAUUUUGGUCUCCUGAGAUGUGUAUUAAGACAAUUACCGGUACAGUGGUACCUCAGUUUAAGUACUCAAUUAGUUCCGGAAGUCUGUACUUAACCUGAAGCGUACUUAACCUGAAGCGAACUUUCCCAUUGAAAGUAAUAGAAAAUGGAUUAAUCCAUUCCAGAUGGGUCCGCGGAGUACUUAAACUGAAAGUACUCAAACCGAAGCAUACUUAAACCGAGGUAUGACUGUACUUGAAAACACGUAUUUCUCUCAAAUCCCACAUUCCUGUGUCAUUACGUGAAAGGUUUUUACGGUUAUCCCUUCAAAAUUUAAUUUAUGACGCAGUCUUCCAUGAUGAGUAGACACGUGUCCAUACUGGACGCAAUUGGAAUUGUCUCCACCUUUUUGCCAAAAUAAUAUGGGCCCCAAAUUGGAUCUGGUGUAUGUUUGACCCUCAUUGUGGGACCCCAACACAAACACUUCCCCACCACUGUCCCUUUUUACCUGCACAUGUAGACUGUGGCAGGACUUAAAGUGGGCUCUGCAGUCAGUGGCAGACUUUGGGCUCUCAAAUUUCAUGGGUGCCCUGUGUGACGCUAAAAUUUGGUGCCUCCCUGCCUCUCAGGUUCCGUUCUGCAGCAUUGUUGUGGCGCCUCCUGCAGAGUGGUGCCCAGUGCUGCUGCACCAGUCCUGUCACCCUGAAACCGCCUCUGCUGCAUAGAGCAUCCCUUAGGCCCUAACUGCUGUAUUGCAGCAUCCAGAGUCAACAGGAAUUAUGGUUCCCAAUGUCCAGUGCUAUUUUUCUGGGAAAAUAGGUGCUGGAGCUCACCAUGAACUUCUCCCUUGUCUUAGAAUGGCAAUGGUGCCCACUUGAGAGGUGCCGGAGCUGAGCUCUGGCUGGGGGGGGGGAGGAGCCCUGCCAAUGUCCCUGAAUGUUGGGAAACUUGUAAAUUACAGUUCCCAUAGUUCCUAUAAUCCCUUAAAAACUACCCAUGAGCUUGCAGAAUCUCCUAGGACCAUACUGCAGCGCACUGUGAGCUGUCUCUGCACCAUUGCAUCUAGGUAAAGAAAGGAAAGGGUGGGGAGACAAGGAAGGCUGGACUUAGGUAGUGGAGCUAAUCCUAGACUUUGAGGUGUCUGGGUCUAUCCUUAAAUGCAUCUGGGGGUAGGCCUGUCAAAUCUGAUGUCCAUGCCAUUCCAUUUUCUGGUAUUCCCUUUCACUAGACCAAUAACUAAAUGCUUGCCACUUAGAAACCACAGCAUAGCCACUUUUAGCUGUAAAACAUUGUGUCUAACAGGCUCCUUCUAUUACCUGUGUAUGCUAAAGGAGGAGGAUGCAGUUGCUUAAUAAUAACAAUUAUUACAAUUUUAUCAUCCAUUUGCCCGGAGAUGAGAGCAAAAGAUUUUCAUAAGACCUUUUGAAGUGCGUUAAUUGGAGUCACUUGCACAGAUUAUGAAACCAGAAAUUCUGAACCCUUAGGGAAUAGACUAAACCAUAAAAUAGUUGAGGGGCACAAGCAAUCUCUUGAAGGUUGUAAGAAUUUUGUAGCUUUAUCCUACCUGGAUACUGAGUCUUUAUUGACUUCCAUGGUAUCCCUGUUCAAACACCCAGGGAUGGAAUUUGGCCCUAGACCUGUUUACUGUCCAGACACAAAGAACUGCAUGAAAUCCAAGUUGAUGUAGCCGACUCAAAUCAGACCUGUAUAGCGUAGUAAAGAAAUUCAUGAUGAGGAGAUUCACAAGAGAAAUGCUGUUUAUUGAAAAAGGUUAAGGCAUGCAUGUCUUCAGAUAAAUCAUUUAAGUUGUGUAAACAGAACUAUAGCCUUUACCAUCAUAAUAAUACGGAGAGACUGAGUUCAUGGGAUCUGGGCAAAUGGGGAUGAGGGAGAAGACUGCCAGUGUUAAAAGUAUGUAUCAAAGCAGGUCAGAAGAUGUGCAUUUUCAUAAAUACUUUGUUUCUUCUAACAACUACUGUAAAUAUAAACCUCAAAGGAAAAAUUAAUUAAAUUCUGUUAGUUUACUGGU